CAGCCUUCUAUCUUGUUGAGAACUUGAGGCUAUAAAAUGAAGGAACUUACUGUAACCAGUUCACAGUCUUUACUUGGAGUUCCGUUUGUGAACUCCUUAACAGAAACUACAGUAAAUCUAAUGCUUUAAUUAGUGAGAACACAGAGCAAUAGCGCUGUCGGCUUUUCCUUUGGCGACCUGAAAACCGCGAGCUGAACCAUGGCAGGAGACGGGUCAGAUCAGCGGGCGCUGCAGUAUGAACAAACUCUUAUGUAUGGGCGUUACACCCAGGAGCUCGGGGUGUACGCCAAAGAGGAGGCCGCUCGGCUGAGGGAGAGCGGGCAGAGGCGAUCAGUCAGCGAUCGAAGCCGGACAUUGGACCUGCUGGAGUACGACAAGGGCCGCUGUGCCAAGUGUCGGAGGUCUGGGUACCCGUAUGUUCUGGAGGCCCCAGCUCAGGACUUUAUAUCUGUCUGCACGGUUCGCUGUCAGAAGUUCCUGAUCUCGCGUGUCGGCGAGGACUGGAUCUUCCUCAUCCUGCUGGGACUCCUCAUGGCCCUGGUCAGCUGGGUGGUGGACUUCUGCAUCGCCAUCUGCCUACAAGCACAGAAGUGGAUGUAUGGUGGUCUGGACAGUAAUGUGUUCCUGCAGUACCUGGCCUGGGUCACCUACCCCGUUGUCCUCAUCACCUUUUCCGCAGGCUUCACUCAGAUCCUUGCUCCACAGGCUGGUCCCUUUGUGCACAUUGCCAGUCUGUGUGCAGCUCUCCUCAGCAAGUUUAUGUCUCUGUUUGGAGGAAUCUAUGAGGAGCCCGGUGUUACAGGGAUUAAGGACAUCGGUCUCAUAGGAAUGAAGAAUGAGUCGAGGAACAUAGAGAUGCUGGCAGCAGCCUGUGCCGUGGGAGUUGGUUGCUGUUUCGCUGCCCCCAUAGGAGGUGUGCUGUUCAGUAUUGAAGUAACUUCCACAUUCUUUGCUGUGAGGAACUAUUGGAGGGGCUUCUUUGCUGCGACUUUCAGUGCCUUCAUCUUCAGGGUAUUAGCUGUUUGGAACAGAGAUGAAGUCAAAUGCACUGGGGACACCCUAUGGAGGUGGAUCAAUAUUGCCAGUGGUUUCGGUGGGGCUUUGUUUGUCUACCUGAACCGACUCAUUGUCCAGUUCAUGAGGAAACAGAAGGUCAUCAACAAAUUUCUAAUGAAAAAACGUCUGCUGUAUCCAGCACUGGUCACUUUAGUCCUUUCUACCCUCACAUUUCCUCCUGGCUUUGGACAGUUUAUGGCUGGAAAACUGACUCAGAAAGAGGCUUUGGUGACAUUACUGGACAACCGAACCUGGGCCAAACAGGGCAUUGCCGAGGAGUUCGACUACAUUGGAAAUGCACAAGCCUGGAGGCACCCGCAAGUCAACGUCUUUGUCACGCUGGUCCUCUUCAUCGUAAUGAAGUUCUGGAUGUCUGCCUUGGCCAUCACUAUCCCAGUGCCCUCCGGAGCCUUCAUGCCAGUAUUUGUCAUUGGGGCAGCCUUUGGUCGUCUGGUUGGAGAAAGCAUGGCUGCCUGGUUCCCUGAUGGCAUUAACACAGAUGGUACCAUCUACCCCAUAGUGCCAGGAGGCUAUGCUGUUGUGGGUGCUGCAGCCUUGUCAGGAGCAGUCACCCACACAGUUUCUACUGCAGUCAUCGUGUUUGAGCUGACUGGCCAGAUCUCCCACAUCCUGCCAGUGAUGAUAGCAGUGAUCUUAGCCAAUGCCGUGGCCCAGUCCCUGCAGCCCUCCCUCUACGACUCCAUCAUCAGGAUCAAGAAGCUUCCCUACCUCCCAGAGCUGGGCUGGGGUCAUCACGAGAAGUACAAUAUUCGUGUAGAGGACAUUAUGGUACGCAACGUGCGGUACAUCACACUCAACUGCUGCUACAGAGACCUGCAUAACGUGCUGCUGACGGGCCAGCUCAAAACUCUCGCACUCGUGGAAUCAGCUGAGUCAAUGAUCCUGCUGGGUUCCAUCGAGCGUUCCCAGCUCCAGUCGCUGCUCUCACAGCAGCUCGGCCGUGCCAGGCGGCUGCAGUACAUCAGGGAACGAGCCGUCGAGGAGAAGAAACGCCUAUCCAUCGUGUCGGACCCAGCCAGUGAUGACAACGGCAGCCAGCGCACCAGCCAGGAAGUCCGCUUCCAGAUCUCAACUGAGGAGUCGUCCUUCAGUCCCGCUCGUCCAGUACCUCAUAAGCCCCUCAAACCUGCUCUGAAAAGAUCCUCUGUGGUGGAGCGACCCACUGAGCUUCCCACCAGCCCACAUGAUCAUUCGGGUAUUGCACUGAAGAACCUUUUCUGCUCCAGUCCAGACACAGAAGCCCUGGAGAAAAACAACAACAUGGAGAGCCUAAUGUCUCCUGACAUCAGGAGGUCUUCCAAACGGGUCCGGAUAUCCGUCGUGGAUGAUGGAGAUGUGGAAGAUGACAUGACCAUUAGAGAGAUUGCAGAGUGGGAAGAGAGGCAGCUUGAUGAGCAGGUCAACUUCAACAACUGCAAGAUCGACCCCGCCCCGUUCCAGCUGGUGGAGCGCACGUCACUGCAUAAGACCCACACCAUCUUCUCCCUGCUUGGCCUCGACCACGCCUACGUCACCAGCAUUGGACGCCUUAUCGGGGUGGUUUCCCUUAAAGAACUCCGUAAAGCAAUUGAGGGCUCAGUGACUGUGAAAGGUGUGAAGGUGCGCCCCCCUCUGGCCAGUUUCCGGGACAGCGGCACAAGCAGCAGCGAGAACGAAACCACCGAGCUCCACAAGCUGUGGGACCGCCACAAGAGCAUGUCGCUGCCACGCGAAAGCACCCCCUCCGAGUCCGAAGAGAAGUCCCAGUAAGGGAAAAGGUGAUGAGGAAGAAGAGGAGGAGGAGGAAGAUGAAGCAUUGAGGUCUUUAAUCACGCAAAGCUACAAACAUGCAAAAAUCCUCAGGGCUCAGGAUCAACAGGCCAGCUUCCUCUUCAUCUCUCGCCUCAUCUGCUCCUCUCCCUCCUUCUCCGCUAACUUCCGUUCUUCCCGGACCACCCAGUGCUUUCUCCAGGAGCCUUGCACUGACCCAGAGAGACACUCCACCAGAGGAGUGGAACAAAACCUGUGCCCUGCUCUCCAUUUACCCUUGGGAACCCACAGCAGAGCCAGUGUGGAUUAGGGUUACUGAGACUGGGUUAAAAUGAAAAGGGAUUCUUUCUUUUUUCUCUCUCUCUCUCUUUUUUUAGCAGACUUUGUUUAGCUUGUGUGUCUUUUGAUUUGGGAUCAAAGUUUCAACCUGCAGAUGUAAUCCUUUGAAUGAGUCUUCCACUUAAAGUAGAGAAAUUCAGCAGUGGUGACAAGGAAGACUACUGUAAUGUGUGCAUGUGUCUUUUGAAAGCGUGUGUGAGUGAAAUGAGACAAUGGGUGUGCGCAUGAAGAGGGAGGUAGCAAAACGACUAUAUCCUACAGGAUUUUUCUUUUUAAUUAUUACGUCUCAAGAACACAUGUUAGACUUUGUUUUCCUCAUUUAUCUGACUGAUCAGGUGGUCUGGGUUUGACUGGAAUUUGCCAUUUCUUUAUAAAUUACACUGCAGUUUGUCCAGUAGUGGACUCAUAAGGGGAGAGAUGCCUUAGCUUUUCUGUGUUUUCUUAUUUCCAUUGCCCCUCUUUACCUCUUCACUUCGAGUCUUAAUGGUCAGGUUGAGAGCAGAGCCUAUGCAAGCAGACUUGCCUGUUGGCAGCGACUGAGGGACCUGUAGCCCUUUUCAUAACCUCCUUUCAUGCUGUAGCCGCAUCCUUCACACGCACAUAGAAACACACACCAACAUUUUUACGGCGAUGCACUCGGUGAGUCAAGGUUUUCUGCUUAUCUAAAUAUAGCUUUUAAUAAGCGUUCUAGAGAGGGUUGGGGCGGAUGGAGAGGGCAGGAAGCAAGUGAGGGAGGGAGGAAGAGCAUGGAGCAAAUGGAUGGCUGAAAGAAUGAAGCCGUCAUUACCUAACCAGCUGCUCUGUGCUCUCUCAUCAAUCUGCCUUUGAGUGCCAUGUAAGUUUGUAUCAGAGACAUAACCCCAACAGAUAAACGGCGGGGUGGUUCACAGGGUGAGGCGCACAGUGCAAGAGUGCCCAAUGAUGACGUGCGGGCAUGUGGGAACCAUGACAAACAUUAGUAGUAACAUUAUUUAUUAGAAAGCAUUAAAGAAAAUCUAUAAGUGACCAGCAGAGAGCAUUCACAGAUUUAGUUUAAUCAUUCAUUCCAGUUAAUUUACCAGUCCCAUCACCAACUUCAUCACCACUGGAGAAAGUUGAAUGAGAAAGCUUACCUGAUUCAAAUUUGGCUGAUCUCAACUUCAAGGUUAUCUUCUCGGGCACCACUGGACCGUUUUCAGUUCAUAUAGAUUACCAUGCCCAAGAAGACGGUUCAUUGACUUGAGACCUGCCGAACUUUAAAACGAGUUAGUUUGAUCACACCUCGUGUUAAACCAGAAACCUGACGCGUCAAUGUUUUAACUGCAGCGGGGUUUUAGUUUUCUGUCUUGACAGAUAACGAUAAAGUACUUUGAGUUUAAUCAUUCAUGUCUGCCAUAAUGCUCCAGGCUCGGCUGCUCAUCAACAGUAAAACACUGAUCUGGUUUGCCUAGCGUCUAACCAUCUUUUCCCUAUAUUUGUUACUUAUUUUUGACUACUGACAAACCCAUCUUUCUUUUUUUUUUGACUGACACUACUUCCUGCAGAAUUAGCCCUGAAUGCCUUAAACUCACACACAGACACACACAUAUCCCUCCAAGUUCACUUCUGUGUGCGAUGUGUUGCAUGGAUUUUAGUUUUAUCGGGUGGUGUCUUGUCUUGCUGCACCCAACCCCCCCAUGAAUUGAAAACGCACACAGUGACAUAGCAGCAUGCCUUUGCAUGAGAGAGAAUGCAUGUGGGGGGGGGAGUUUUCUAUGAACAUAACGUACCAAAAAAACCCCAAAAAAGUCAAAAGCUUGACAGGAAUGAAUAUGGAUGGAGUGAAUGAGGUUUGCCAUCAUGUGCCUGUGAUUUUUGUUCUCUUCGAUGGCAUCUUCCACUCAUCCAGCGAGCUUUAUUCAGCCCCUGAUUUUAACCCGGGAUGGGGGGGAUUUUUGGGUUAGCACAUUUCUACUUAAAGAUUAAUAUAUUUAAUUUCAUUCCUGUAAUAUAAAAUCAUUAUUGAAUGUCUUAACCAGUCAUGACUUGUUGGAAGGAAAUUUGGGGCUUGUUUUAUAUUUGUCGCAUUAUGUUGAUUUUUAAAGUUAAAGUUUCUUUUUGUUUUUUUCCUUUUUUCGAAUGCAAAUUUUAACGUGAUGUUGGAUAUAUUUGUAUUAUUAUAGACUUUUUUGUCCUUUUUUUGUAAAAUGCAAAUAACACUAACUGGGGGACUCCCGAUGGUGGGAAAAAUGGAAGAAAUGUAAUCACGAAGCCAUGAGACGUUAAUGUGGAAGCGACCAGCAUGCGGUCCACUGUUGACAUGUUCAUUUCACAAGUGCCUCCUCUUCUUUAACAGUGGGAAUAAGCAAUCGACACUCGGGGUGUGUGUGUGUGUGCGUGUACACAACCAGAGAACCUGCUCUGUACACACAAACAAACACACAAAUACAGUAUGGGAGUGGGGUGGGUGAGGUUUCAGAGUGGGUGGGUGAGUGCACUUAUCUCCAUGGAACCUGCCCCACCACCCCCAUUACAGCUCACCCGGGUGGGGGGGACAAGUGACCGACAUCCACUGAUUUGGUUCUUUUCAUUUGUUUGUGCUUUUCAUCGAUUUUCAUUAUUCCAGCUCCUGCCGCAGUCUUCCUCGUCUCUGCCGACAUUUUCACUGCGUUUCAUCUCAUUUUGCUAGCAGGCGGACCCAGGCCCAGCUACAUGCAUAUUUAUUAGCCAGUGCUAAUCAGAGUACAAGUAGUACUUUUCUUUAUUCUCCCCUCCUCAUUUUGUGUUUUGUUUUUUGUUUUUUUAUGGUUGAUCUAUUUGUGGUUAAUCAAUUUGUGCAAUAACAGUGGUUCAUCUCACUUUGUAACCCAGUUUGAAUCAAUGGCGUGAAUGCGGUAUAACCUUAUUUUUGUAAAGAAACCUGAAAAGUGUAAAAACAUGUAAGCUACUCUCGCACGGGAGCUACUGUGUGAUGAAGCGACGAUGGAAUUAGGGGGGUUGUAACAAUCCUGAAACCGACACAAAAAUCCAGAAUCUUCCAUGUUCAUGUACCAUGAUGCCACUGUGGAGCGGUUAACUUUUUAACAUGCACUGAGUCACCGGGGACUUAUCUAUGUUUGGGUUUCGUUUAGCCACAUGCUAAAAAAAAAGUAAAAGUUAAAAAGUUCUAAUUCAAAUGAGGCAUUGAGGAAUUGCCACUGCAGUGUUUUUUAAAAAAAAAAAAACGUUUGCAUUUGGGUGUUUCAAACAGGCAAUAAACUUUAAAAGAGGUGGAUGUUAACCUAACCCUACAUGAUUCACCAGUGACCUGUGGAUGUUGAUGCCUGGUUAAAGGUGACUGCUGUAACAUUAGGCAUGAGAAUAAUGGACUUUUUGCUUUGGAGAACAAAUAAUGGUUUAAAGCAAAGGUUUCCCAGAAGCUGCCAUGAAAGCUCACUAGAAUCUGUGUUGAAAUAUUAAAGUAACUGUUCACACCUUUAGGUCUUAAAAGGAAAAUGGGUUUGACACCUUAUUUGGUUUUUGGGAAACCUUUGCCUUAAACAUUAGCUGCCACUGACAUACAAGCGCCUACCCCAGAUUUUCCCUGAUAAAACAGGCUCUGGGGAAAGUUUUAUUAUAAGCCCCUCUGUCCUCUCCUUCAGUCUGAGAGGCUUUGAUAAGACCCCAAUCCCCCAUCAGCUGAUGAGGGUAAUCUUUUAUCCACUCCUAAGGGACUGUAAAUACUGGAGGCCUCCACUACGGCAAACCCCCGAGGGCCAAACCAGACCGAGCUGAACAAAAUCCAGAGCUAUUUUUCGCACCGAAAAAAAAAGAAACAUUGUUUUUGUAUAUCAGUGAUGAAUAAAUGAGAUUUUAACAAA